AUGGACGAUAAUGAUGCACCUGUCGCACGCACCUUCUCCGAACAGAAACGUGCUCGUCUUACCACUGACAAAACGAUUCGGAAAGCCAUAUCGGAUAGUAGGAGACGCAGAAAGGAGGCAAGGAAAGUCAAACAUGCUGAAAGGAUUAGCAAAAAAGCUUUAGAUUCCGAUUUGUGCAAUAAGGAACUCACCACUGUCGACGAAGUAGUUCUGAAGGAUCAUGUGGAAGUUAAGACCUCGGGAGGUGCUUCAUCAUCACCCUCCCAAUUGCCACUUGAUGAAUUUACUCUGUCAAAUCGUUUCGAUGCGGCGGAUUAUAUUCCUUUGGUGACUCAAUCCGAUUCCAUAUCAUCGGGUGGUAAUCAAAACAACCACUCUAAAAUCAUCAAAUUUGAGGAAUCAGAAUACCCAGGUCAGUGA